ACUGACAUCUCGAUCUUUCUAUCAAGUGAAAAAAUUUUGAAAUGUUUUUGUGACUUUUUUUAAAAAUGUUGCAUUUAUCGCGUGUUUUUCUCCACUCGCGUGAUUUGCCUCGUUUUUUAGGACAAUUCCGUGUGCGACGAGGUUUCCACGCGUGUGUUACUGCAAACAUAACCACGCUUUCUCACACCGCUUUGAACCCCGUGUCCAAAGUCUUUCCUUUGGAAUUACACAAGGGAAACUUUUCCAAACUGCCUCAAAGAACAUCUAUUGGUGCGACGACCGGAAGCGUGCGGUUUUUCAGUUCAAAAGACGACUCAGAUGGAGAAAACCGGCCCCCCGAGGAUGAGCCCUACAACACCCAAUUGCCAGCCACUGUGGCCGUCCCCGAGGUCUGGCCCCACGUGCCUGUCAUUGCCAUUAGUCGUAAUAUAGUUUUUCCACGUUUUAUUAAACUAAUCGAGCUCACUAAUCCGCAAUUAAUCGAAUUGAUAAGACGCAAAGUUAAAUUGAACCAACCUUACUGUGGAAUUUUUUUGAAGAAAAACGAAGAAAACGACGCGGAAGUUGUUAACAACAUCAAUGAUGUUUACAACGUUGGGGUUUUUGCCCAAAUUCACGAAAUGCAAGACUUGGGGGAUAGGCUGAGACUCGUGGUUAUGGCCCAUCGCAGGAUUAAAAUCACGGGGCAAAUUAUCGACAACGACCAAGACGGCAUUAAAGAGGAAGCUGACGCGGAAAAGCGCCGUAGAAAGCCGACGAGAAAUAACCGCGUUAAGAAAACUACAGAUGCCAAAACCGAUGACAAGAAAGAGCCCGCCAAAGAACAGUUCUUGAUGGCCGAAGUCGAGAACGUCAUGCACAACAAAUUCAAGCAAACCGAAGAAGUCAAAGCCUUAACUCAGGAAGUUAUUAAAACGAUCCGCGAUAUUAUUAGUUUAAAUCCCUUGUAUAGAGACAGUUUGCAACAAAUGAUGCAUCAGGGGCAGAGAGUGGUUGAUAACCCCGUUUAUUUGAGCGACUUAGGGGCUGCAUUGACGGCAGCGGAAGCGAAAGAAUUACAGGAAGUGUUAGAGGAGAUGGAUAUUCCAAAACGCUUAAUGUUGUCACUAUCUCUUCUCAAAAAAGAAUACGAACUGUCGAAAUUGCAACAAAAAAUUGGGAAAGAAGUCGAGGAGAAAGUGAAGCAGCACCACAGGAAGUACAUCCUUCAGGAACAACUCAAAGUGAUUAAAAAGGAGUUGGGUUUGGAAAAAGAAGAUAAAGAUGCGGUAGGUGACAAAUUCCGGGAAAGAAUCAAAGAUAAAGUUUUACCAGAAGCUGUCAAUUCCGUUAUUGAGGAAGAAUUAAACAAACUUAAUUUUCUCGAAAGUCACAGUUCCGAAUUUAAUGUCACUCGGAAUUACCUAGACUGGUUGACAUCGCUUCCAUGGGGGGUUUACAGCGAAGAAAACUUAAAUUUACAAAGAGCGUCGGAAAUUCUAGAUCAAGAUCAUUACGGCAUGGAGGAUAUCAAAAGACGCAUUUUGGAAUUUAUUGCUGUUAGUCAAUUAAAAGGUUCUACUCAAGGGAAAAUUUUAUGUUUUCAUGGACCUCCCGGAGUGGGCAAAACUAGCAUCGCCAGGUCGAUCGCGCGUGCCUUGAAUCGGGAGUAUUUUCGAUUUUCUGUGGGUGGCAUGACUGACGUGGCCGAAAUUAAGGGCCACCGGAGGACCUACGUGGGGGCCAUGCCCGGAAAAGUCAUCCAAUGUUUGAAGAAGACGCGCACCGAAAAUCCUCUAAUUCUCAUCGAUGAGGUUGACAAAAUCGGGAAGGGGUACACCGGCGACCCGAGUUCGGCCCUGCUCGAGCUGCUAGACCCGGAACAAAACGCGAAUUUCCUGGAUCAUUAUCUUGACGUUCCGGUGGACUUAUCCAAAGUGUUGUUCAUUUGCACUGCGAACGUAGUCGAGACCAUUCCUGAGCCCCUGCGCGACCGUAUGGAAAUGAUAGAUAUGUCAGGUUACGUAGCUGAGGAAAAGCUGGCAAUUGCGACCAAAUAUCUCCUACCACAGGCUAUGAAAGACAGCGGUUUGAACGAGCAACAUAUCAAAAUCGACGACGAGGCACUUCACACACUUAUCAAGAGUUACUGUCGCGAGUCAGGGGUGCGAAAUUUGCAAAAACACAUCGAGAAAGUCGUCCGAAAAGUCGCAUACAAAGUCGUGAAAGAAGAAACGAAUUUCGUCGAAGUUACCAACGCGAAUUUGGCCGAGUUUGUGGGAAAACCGGUGUUUUCGCAAGAGAGGAUGUAUCCUACGACGCCUCCGGGGGUCGUCAUGGGACUAGCGUGGACGGCUAUGGGGGGUUCCACUCUUUAUAUUGAGACAACGACUCGGAAAAUUACAGCUGAGAAGGAGACGGAUGGGUCAUUGGAAUUGACGGGUCACUUGGGGGACGUUAUGAAAGAAUCGGCUAAAAUCGCCUUGACCGUGGCCCGGAAUUAUCUCUACAAAAUAGACAGCACUAAUAAAUUUUUACAAACUAGUCAUUUACAUUUGCAUGUGCCAGAGGGGGCGACCCCGAAAGAUGGCCCUAGUGCAGGUUGUACAAUUGUCACGGCUUUAUUAUCAUUGGCUAAGAAUGAACCAAUCAGGCAGGAUGUAGCAAUGACGGGGGAGAUUUCAUUGACGGGGAAAGUUUUACCGGUCGGAGGGAUCAAAGAGAAGACAAUUGCGGCGAAAAGAUCUGGAGUUAAGUGUAUUAUUCUACCAGAGGAGAAUAAAAAAGAUUUUAAUGAUCUUCCGAAAUUUAUCACUGAUGGGUUAGAAGUACAUUUUGUUAGUACCUACGACGAGGUUUAUAAAAUUGUUUUUAAUAAAAAUCUUUAAUUGUGAUAGUGUGUCACUUUUUAUACAAAUAUAUGUUUUAUUGAUUUGUAUAAAAAACGUAUUAAUUGUACAAAGAUAGUCGAAUAAAAUUUGGAUUAUUUGUUAUUCCUAUUUUGUAUGAAAUAAAAAAAUCAAGACUG